AUGGUUAAAAAAACGAAUGGAAUAUUACAAACAAAAAUUGUGAAUGAAUGUUUCAUCGAUGAUCAUGAUAGACAAUCAAUGGCUGCAAGAUCUUUAAAACAAGAUGAUCUUAUUGAUUCUGUAUUCGAUUUUGCAUUCGAUAAAUUAGCAAGUAUCGAAAAAACUUUAUUGAAAUUUAUAAAUAGUCAUUUAUAUCGUUAUAAUAUUUAUAUAAAACAAAUUGAUAUACAAUAUUUUCAAGAUGGAUUAAAUUUACUUUAUUUAAUAUCUCAUUUAGAAAAUUAUUUUAUAAUACUUAAUAAAUAUAAUCAUAAAAGACCAAUAUCACGUGAACAAUCUCAUACUAAGCUUCAAUUAGCUUUUCAACUUAUGAAUCAAAUUAGUAUCGACAUUGAAGAAUAUUGUCGAAUCAAUGAUCUUCUUGCUGGAAAUCAAAGAACUUUAUAUCGUCUUCUUUUUCGACUUUACAUCGAAUAUAAUUCAGAUUCAAAUAAUUUAUUAGAAUCAAUUACAUAUCUUCAACCUGUUUGA